AUGUUAAGAGUUGAACUUCCUGCAUUCUUUGAGAAGGAUGAGAUCCAUUCACUGGGAGCUGAGCUCGUGAUUGCCAAAGCCUUCGCAACAGCUGCUACAGCUGCAUCCACAUCCUCUUACGAAUGUGUCAGGCUAGAAUUUAGCUACCCUGGUGCAUCCUGGAAAAUUAGCACCGAUUUUCAUCAAGAUCGUUCUAAACGGGCUAUUCGGGACGCUUUUUUGCGACUAGUGGAUCGUGCGCUAGCGCGUGUUUACCCACCAAUUGAUGUCCUCCGGUAUCUCAGUGACCGAUCGCCGCAGUUCACUUGGGAUGGGUUCUUCGCCGCUUCCUUUUUCUUUCAGACCAUCCUUCCCUACGCGUAUGGCUUCAGUCACCCCUGUCAAACAUGCGAUGUGCACGGCGCUCUAUACACGGUUGAGGGGGCUGCCGCACCUUUUUUUUCGAUUAAAAGCGAUUUACAAACCGAAGUGGAUGUGCUGAAGCGCGAGUCAUCCCUCGCAGGGUCUAUUUAUCAAUGUGAUUCAGAGCUUUGGAUUCGUGCAAAAUUAUCCGGCGAGAGGGCGAGAGUUGAGUAUAACCAUCAAAAAGGAUCAGAUGAUUGCGCUGAAAGUUCCCGUUCUGUGACGUCAGGGUGUUUAGAUCCCGAAGGAGACACCCAUGAAGAGGAGACAAUAGCUUACAUUGCCGAAAGGUUAGGAGUAUUUCAUAAAAAAGCGAGCUUGUGGCUAACAGAGCGUAUCGCGAAUGAAGGGAGCUGGGCAAAGUCCUCGGGUUCCUUUUCCCCCACCAACACGCGAGACCGGAAGCGUGGCCGGCAGGGAAUGCAAGGCGGCAACGCGACGUCCGCUUCUUCUCCAAGAGUACAUUUCAAGCCCAAUAUACUUGCCGCCGCCGCCGCCUCAUUUCCUCUUCCCUCGCGGGGGGAAAAAAAGGAUCGGUUGGGAAAGGGUAAUACCGAAGGGAGGGGGUCGCUAGCGGUAUCCAAGGCCUCCCCAGGCUGGAUGCUUCAUCUGGAUGUAAGAGGGAUCGAGUUCGAUGCGGUUUGUGUUGCGCAAACCGCGCGCUACGCGUACGUUGCAUGCCCGUAUUGGGAUCCAAACGCGGGGAAUACUGCGUCGCCGCAUUCCGCUGCGGAAGCCGGUGUGCGGCGCGGGGCAGCCGAUUCCUCUCAGGGAGUCCGUUGGUGCCUGGUGGCGCGUUUACCGAUCCCUUCCUACCUCGCCUCUAUGACGGCGGCGGUGGAAGGGGAAGAGGGGAAAGGGGAUGCACCGGACGCUUUCCCUAACACGCACCCGUUCGCGGAGGAGACGCCCGCGUCUCCGCGUGGUGACCACUUUUUGCAGCUCAGUGAGGCCUCGAAGUUUGACAACUCGAGCCCCCUGCGUGAGCUACGCGAGGAGUGUAAGCGGCUCGUGACCGUCCGCGCGCACGGGGUCCGAUGCCGGCGGCUGUCUAGUGCCCCGCCAAACACCUCCCCUUUUAUGUACCACGGUGCACCUCUUUUCCUCUGGUUCGAAGACGCGUACCUUCUUGGCCAGGGUCCUUUCCUUCCGUAUGGGGCGCCUGGGGAAGCGAAAGCCGGGGUGUACGGCGGAGUUUUGUGUUCAGAUUUGGUAGAGCUUGUUGAGGCGAGUUGUCGACGGUAUCUGCGUACAUGUGAAAAGAUGAGUCGGUAUGUGCGGGCUAAUCCGAUUCCUUUUCGGGCAGAGGGCCCACCCAAAUGCCAAGACGUUGAUGCCACGGAUAGCCUCGAUUGUUGUGGGGAGGGGGGUAAAGACUGCUCUUCCACUAAUGAUGCCGCCUUGAAGCUUCGCACAAAGUUGCGUUUGGGGAAGGAACGACUUGUGGCAAAGGCGGAGACCGUAUUUUCUAGCAUGACCGACACCAGAUCGGUUUACUACAAAAAGUUGCGUAGUAAACCAUUUAACUCUGUACCACUCAUAUCCACCUCUCGAGAUGUGGAGGGCCUGUUUGAGGGGCCAACGGUUGAAUUUAAGCAUCAUCUUAGCCAUUAUCGCCCCGCCACAAAACAACGACGUGAAGACGGUGCCUACGUCGGGAAGAAUGCGACCGCUAUCAUGGACGUGGAGCGCAUUCGACAUACCAUCGCAGCCAUGGCCUCCACGAUGGGAGGUGUGUUGUGCGUGGGGGUGACCGACGAAGGUGAGGUUGUCGGGCAUGAGCGUGGCGAGGUGGUGCAGAUGCUGCGCACGACAGGGUUUUGCCCCGCCAUGGUAGCGGGCAGUGUGGUGGCGAAGGAGUUACCGGUUCUCAACGUGGUAUCCACUCGAAACGCAUCGACCACGGAGUUGGCAACUUCUAUCAAAGCCAUGCCUAAGGACUGGUGGAAGAUGCCGUCCACGUCGCUUUCUGCUGCCUACCUAGGUGAAGGCGAGGGCUCGCAGCGUGUGGCUCACGAGGGUGGGGAUGAUGAGCGGCGUUGCGGCGGUGAAGUGGGAAUGACGCUUCAAGCGCACUUUGGGAAGGUGGUGACGGUCAUCACUGUUAGCAAGGGGUCCGCACCGUUUUAUGCGUCAGGUCGAGCCGUGCUGCCUUACCUGCGUGGGUGCGCUAGCACGGUUCGCAUGCCAGCCCUCGUAAUGGCGCGGAGGCUAGCCGAGCAGUUUGAAGGAGAGGCGAUCUAUGAUAGCUGA